AUGUCUGCUGUGGACGAGAACAAGCCCGAUCUCGCGGUUGACGAGACUCCAAUCUCACCUGUAGAAAGACGGAGCUCGCUUGAGAAGCACUUGCAACUCAGGCCGGAUGCACAAGAUCUCAAGAACAGGAAUAUCUUGCUAGAUACUAAUGCUGCUCCUUCUCUUCAAGCUAAACAGCAUGAACUUGAGCGUCAGCAAGCGACAGACAACCUGAAGAAAGGUCUCGAGCAUCGGCCUGAGAAAGACGAGCUCAUCAAUCGAAACAUCCUACCUGACUCGAAUGCUGCUCCUGGACUGCAGGCCAACCAGAGAGCUCUCGACAAGCAGAUGCGCUCCGAUGCUCUGGAACAGAAGUUGCAACGACGACCCACCGUCGAUGAGCUGGUCGAACAUGGCAUCCUCGAGCCUGGUGAGACGCCGUCGGCAUAG